UAUCAUUGAUUCAUUGUCAUUGAUCUAAGAUUUGAGAGAAAUCAAAAUCAAAUCUCUCUCUCCGUGAAAUCGUCGAUUUUCUUUCUCGAAGAUCAAUCGAUCUUCCUUCUUCACCGGUCUCGGAUUACGAUUUCAGUGCUCUUUGAGUCCUUGUAUGUGUUUCAGUUGCUGUUGGAAAUCCGACUCGACUUUUUUUUUUAAUAAAUAUUUUCCUGUGCGACAUCUAGGGUUUUUUGGGGGAGAUUUUUGGUGCGCGUCGAACUCUGGCGGGUUACCGGGUCAAGUAAAUGGUGGAUCCUCCUGGUGUCUGCUCCAUUUCAUUUGGCUUCCUUCGACAAAAUACGGCGAGAAGUUUUUGGUUUUGUGAUUCGAUAGUGUUACAGUUGUGUGACGAUUACAGGGUCUGAGCGGAAAGCGAUGCUUAGCGUGGUUCGGGUGCAUCUACCGUCGGAAAUUCCCAUUGUCGGCUGCGAGUUAACUCCGUACGUGCUUCUCCGUCGACCGGACAAGACCGCCACCACCGAUGAUGUCCCGGAGUCGGCUCCGCUCGAAUGUCACUUCCUGAGGUACAGAUGGUAUCGUGUUCAGAACGAUAAGAAAGUUACAAUUUGUAGUGUGCAUCCGUCAGAACAAGCUACCCUGCAGUGUGUAUCCUGUUCAAAGCAUAAGACUCUUAUUGUGAAAAGUUACCAUUGUUCGACGAAAUGCUUUUCAGAUGCAUGGCAACAUCAUCGCAUUUUGCAUGAACGAGCUGCCAAAGCUGCUGCAGAAAACGAAAAUGACGAAGAUGAGUUAGUUCGAUUUAACAGCACAGGUUCUGGGGUACUGAGCUCUGGUAGUUUAUCCGGGUCUAACUUUUCCAAUGGUUCAGUCCCAUUUUAUCCCGCAACAAUUACGUCAAAAAGCAGUGGAGGAGAGGCACUGGUUGAGGUCGGACGCUCUAAAACAUACACACCUACGGCUGACGAUAUAGGCUACGUUUUGAAGUUCGAGUGUGUUGUCGUCAGUGCAGAGACUAAACAGGCCGUGGGACAACCUAGUACCAUAUUGACUUCACGUGUUAUUCCAGCUCCUUCUCCAAGUCCCCGUAGGCUGAUCCCAGUUGGUGGAAUAGAUCACCUAGAUCAAGACGGCCGCCUUAUGUCUGCAGGAUCAUUCACUGUUCUCUCGUAUAAUAUCUUGUCUGAUUCGUCUGCCGGUGGCGACUUAUACAGUUACUGUCCUCCAUGGGCUCUUUCUUGGCCAUACCGAAGACAGAAUUUAUUAAGGGAAAUUGUUGGGUACCGUGCAGAUGUAGUUUGCCUGCAAGAGGUACAAAAUGAUCAUUUCGAUGACUUUUUCGCUCCUGAACUUGAUAAGCAUGGGUAUCAAGCUCUGUACAAGAGGAAAACUAAUGAGGUUUCAAGUGGUAAUACAAGCACAAUUGAUGGCUGUGCUACAUUUUUCCGGAGGGAUAGAUUUUCUCAUGUCAAAAAAUACGAUGUUGAAUUCAAUAAGGCUGCCCAGUCUUUGACUGAGGCUCUAAUCCCUAGUAGCCAGAAAAAAACUGCUUUAAACCGACUAUUUAAGGAUAACAUCGCUUUAAUAGUUGUUUUGGAAGCAAAAUUUGGUAAUCAACCUGUCGAUGCCUCAGGGAAGCGCCAGCUUAUAUGCUUGGCAAACACACAUGUAAAUAUUGCUCAAGAGCUAAAGGACGUAAAGCUCUGGCAGGUUCACACAUUACUAAAGGGGCUGGAGAAAAUAGCUGCUAGCGCCGACAUCCCAAUGAUUGUGUGUGGAGAUUUCAAUACGCUUCCUGGGAGUGCUCCUCAUUCGCUUCUUGCAAUGGGGAAGAUCGACCCUUUGCACCAGGAUUUGAUGGUAGAUCCUCUUGGAAUCUUGUGUCAUACCAAGUUGACUCAUCAACUGCCACUGGUGAGCGCUUACUCGUCCUUUGCAAGAACGGGGAUGGGUCUUGGAACGGAGAAACAUAGGAGGAGAAUGGACCCGACAACAAAUGAGCCUUUGUUUACAAACUGUACGAGGGAUUUUAUCGGGACCCAUGAUUACAUAUUCUACACAGCGGACACUUUGACAGUGGAUGGAUUGUUGGAGCUGUUGGAUGAGGAGGGCUUGAGAAAGGACACAGCUCUUCCUUCCCCAGAAUGGUCAUCUGAUCAUAUAGCUCUGUUAGCCGAAUUCCGCUGCAUGCCUAAGCCCAGACGCUUAUGAUUUCGGCGUUGGCAGAUCACUCUCUGAGUCAGUUCUCCGUUUCGGUAAAGUCUUUGCCGCGAUGGGGCCUCUGCUCUGUAACUUGUAACCUGCUCUCUUCAUCAUUUUGAUCUUUGAUAGAUAGUAAAAAAAAAACCCCUUCACCAUGCCAUUUUUCCAUUGCUUUUUUUUUGUUCAUCACAACAAUGGCUUACUGUCUUGACUUAUCACGGUAACUACGUAAAAAGGGUUUCUAUUGAGAUGAGUGAGAAGACAAAAAAAAAAUUGUAGUA